AUGAGCGACCGCUCCUAUACCUCGCCGCAAGUAUGCACGAGAUGCCGCGAGAAGAAGAUCAGAUGCGAUCUUCGGCUGCCAUCGUGCAAGCGCUGUGCUGCCGCUGAUGUCCAGUGUUGCUUCUGGGAUCCAAUUCUUGAGAAGACAGUGUACUGUGGCUAUUUGCACUUCCUGCAUCAAAGGGAAUCGAGCCUGAAGCGCAAAAUCCAGCAGCGCUCCGAUGAGCUUGGCCAGCUACUGUCCCCGUCGCGGAGUAACAGUGUGCCUUCUUCGACAGCCACAGGCAGUAAUCACCAUGGAGAUACCAUCGACAGAACGACUUUCCCUUCGCAAGCACUCUAUCUUGGCCCCGGCCACUCCGCAGAAAUUGUCCAGCGCUUCUUGAAAGCUGGUCUUGAGUGGCAUAGACAGAAGCAGCUUCCGUUGCCGGACUUUCAUCUCCCAGUCCCUGCCCAGGCAUACUAUACUUUGUUGGAGCCCAGAGCAGUAUUAUCUGGUCCUCGCGACUUGGGCAGCCUCGAGCUCUCAGGCCUGUUGACCUCAACAACGAAGAACGCCUUGGUGCAGCAUUACCUGAACGUUGUUGGGCCCAACUUCGACUUUCUUCAUGGCGAUCUGGAGUCACUAAUCGAUGAUCUGGAUUUGCCGGACUUGAGUGGCUCAGAUACUAACAGCGAAAACUCGAUCACCAUCGUCAUAGUCCUCACAAUCUCUCUUGCCCUCGUAGUCAGAGAUUUGCAAACUUCGUUAUCCGAUGCGUUCGUGCGUUUCAGACGGGCUCUAAAAGAGUUCGUCGAUUCUGGCAUCACUGUGGAAGACCAAUUGGAGCGGCAAAGACUGCUGUGCACGAUCCUGAUCUCUCAAGCCCUUUGCGAGCUCAUCAUUCCGGAGUCGUAUCAAGUCUGGGAUCUGCUCGGCGCAGCAGUAUCGGCGUUGGACGAGCUUCGCCUCGGGUAUCGGUCCCAUCACCUCAAUUUGAAUGAACAGUAUUUCAAGUUAGAAUGUUCUCUGCUGAAGCUCGAAAGCUCCGUCGUGCUACACUUUCAACGUCCGUCAUCAUUCCCAGGAAAGAUAACUUCAUCUGGAGCCCGAAGCAUUGAUGAGCAGUCAAUCGUCUGGUCUAGUGGCGCGAACAUUGCGCAGACGCUGAUGGACACAUCCGAUGUGUCAGUGGCGGAUGCAGUGAAUUUGAUACCGCCAACGCUUCGAGUGGAGCUGCCUCAUGAUCGCAUAAGUCUUUCUUCGGCUUUGCUCUACGCCACCCUACAGCCGCUCUUCAUCACCGAGGAAAUUCUGUCCGGACAACCUCUGGAAGAGUCCACCUUGAAUGCGUUCCAAAUUGUUGCAACGUCCGCAUGUACCAUUGUCGACCACCUAGAUGAACUGAACAAGAGUGACAAAAUAUUGAGCCUAUGGCUAGAAGCUGAUCGAGUGCUACGGUGCGGAAUGGUAUGGCUCUUCUACCUCGUCCAUCAGAGUCAGAGUGGGCAGGUGGUUGGCAAUCAGUCCUCAACGAAUGGCGCUAGAGAUACAAUGGCUCCUAUUUUGAAGGUCACUUCCUUGUUGAGCUCUUUCGCAGGACGCUUCAAAGGUGCUUCGGCAUCGUUGAGUGCAUGGGAAGCUUGUGUCGCAUUACUCUGGCCGGUGAUCUCUUCGAAUGGCAAUAGUCUGUAG